CAGAAAGAGAAACAGUGGCGGUGUCCAUCGUGGUUGUGUAAUCAUUUAAUAAUAACAAAUAUUUAGUUUACAUUUUAGUGUUGACAUUUUAAAAAUGUAUGAGCCAGAAGAUGAAAAUUUUGAGGAGGAUGAUUCAGAGGAAAUUACUGCAGACUUGUGGCAAGAGGCUUGUUGGAUCGUCAUCAGUGCAUAUUUUGAUGAGAAAGGUCUGGUUCGUCAGCAGCUGGACUCCUUUGAUGAAUUUAUCCAAAUGUCAGUGCAACGCAUUGUGGAGGACACACCACAGAUCGAUUUGCAGGCAGAAGCUCAACAUUCUUCUGGAGAGGUUGAAACACCUCCCCGGUAUCUAGUAAAGUUUGAGCAAAUUUAUCUCUCCAAGCCAACACAUUGGGAGAAAGAUGGUGCACCAAGCCCUAUGAUGCCCAAUGAAGCAAGAUUGAGAAAUCUUACGUAUUCAGCUCCACUAUAUGUUGAUAUUACUAAGACUGUGUUGAAAGAUGGUGAAGAGCCAGUGGAGACACAAUUGCAGAAGAGCUUUAUAGGCAAAAUUCCCAUCAUGUUACGAUCUACCUAUUGCCUCUUGAGCGGAUUGACUGAUCGUGAUUUAACUGAGUUAAAUGAAUGUCCACUUGACCCUGGUGGUUAUUUUAUUAUCAAUGGAUCCGAAAAAGUCCUUAUUGCCCAAGAGAAAAUGGCUACAAAUUCAGUGUAUGUAUUUCAAAUGAAAGAUUCAAAAUAUGCUUACAAAUCAGAGUGCAGGUCUUGUUUGGAACAUUCUUCACGUCCUACAAGUACCUUGUGGGUCAACAUGCUUGCCAGGGGUGGACAAGGUGUGCGAAAGAGUGCUAUUGGCCAGAGAAUAAUUGCUAUUUUGCCUUAUAUUAAACAAGAAAUACCGAUCAUGAUAGUUUUUCGUGCUCUUGGUUUUGUGGCUGAUAGAGACAUUUUGGAACAUAUCAUUUAUGAUUUUGAAGAUCAAGAAAUGAUGGAAAUGGUCAAACCGUCAUUAGAUGAAGCUUUUGUUAUACAAGAACAAAAUGUAGCCUUGAAUUUCAUUGGGUCUCGUGGUGCUAGACCUGGUGUAACUAAGGAAAAGAGAAUUAAGUAUGCAAGAGAAAUCUUGCAAAAGGAAAUGUUACCUCACGUUGGUGUGAGUGAUUUUUGUGAAACAAAGAAAGCAUAUUACUUAGGCUACAUGGUUCACCGAUUAUUGCUUGCUGCUCUUGGACGACGAGAAUUGGAUGAUCGAGAUCAUUAUGGAAAUAAGCGUUUGGAUUUAGCUGGACCACUUUUGGCAUUUUUGUUCCGUGGUCUGUUUCGAACUCUGACUAAAGAAGUCAGGAUGUAUGCUCAGAAGUUCAUUGACCGUGGAAAGGACUUUAAUUUAGAAUUGGCCAUCAAGACCCGUAUCAUUACAGAUGGAUUAAGAUAUUCUUUAGCUACUGGUAAUUGGGGAGAUCAAAAGAAAGCUCAUCAGGCAAGAGCUGGUGUCUCUCAGGUGUUGAAUCGAUUGACAUUUGCUUCAACACUCUCUCAUUUGAGGCGUGUUAACUCUCCAAUUGGAAGGGAUGGUAAACUUGCUAAACCACGGCAACUUCAUAACACUCUUUGGGGCAUGAUUUGUCCAGCUGAAACUCCAGAAGGUCACGCUGUAGGUUUAGUCAAGAAUCUUGCAUUGAUGGCUUAUAUUUCUGUUGGAUCUCAACCUUCACCAAUCUUGGAGUUUUUGGAAGAAUGGAGUAUGGAAAAUCUGGAAGAAAUUGCUCCCUCUGCCAUUGCAGAAGCUACUAAAAUCUUUGUAAAUGGCUGUUGGGUGGGAAUCCAUCGUGAUCCUGAUCAGCUAAUGAAUACCUUACGCAAGCUACGAAGGCAGAUGGACAUCAUUGUGUCUGAGGUAUCAAUGGUUAGAGACAUUAGAGAUAGAGAAAUACGUAUCUAUACUGAUGCUGGGAGAAUCUGUCGGCCAUUGCUCAUUGUCGAAAACCAGAAAUUACUUCUGAAGAAAAGACAUGUGGAUCGCUUGAAGGAAAGAGAAUAUAACAACUACAGUUGGCAAGAUCUGGUAGCAAAUGGUGUCGUUGAAUAUAUUGAUACUUUAGAAGAAGAAACUGUUAUGCUUGCAAUGACGCCUGAUGAUCUUCAAGAAGAUAAAGGUCAAGCAUAUUGUUCAACUUAUACUCAUUGUGAAAUCCAUCCUUCUAUGAUGCUUGGAGUGUGUGCAUCCAUCAUUCCGUUUCCUGAUCAUAAUCAGAGUCCCCGUAAUACUUACCAAUCUGCUAUGGGUAAACAAGCUAUGGGGGUGUAUAUCACCAACUUCCAUGUACGAAUGGACACUCUGGCUCACGUAUUGUACUAUCCUCAAAAGCCUCUGGUUACCACUCGUUCCAUGGAGUACUUACGUUUCCGUGAACUGCCAGCUGGAAUCAACUCUAUUGUAGCAAUUAUGUCAUACACAGGAUAUAAUCAAGAAGAUUCAAUUAUUUUGAAUGCAUCUGCAAUUGAUAGAGGCUUCUUUCGCUCAGUGUUUUAUCGAGCGUAUAAAGAUGCGGAGCAAAAACAAAUUGGUGAUCAAGAGGAACAAUUUGAGAAACCUACUCGGGAGACUUGCCAAGGCAUGAGAAAUGCUAUUUAUGACAAAUUAGAUGAUGAUGGAAUUAUAGCUCCUGGCACAAGAGUUUCUGGAGAUGAUGUUAUUAUUGGUAAAACUAUUACUCUGCCAGAAAAUGAUGAUGAGCUUGAGAGUACUACUAGGCGUUUCACUAAAAGAGAUGCUAGCACUUUCUUAAGAAACAGUGAAACUGGAAUUGUGGAUCAAGUUAUGUUAACUCUUAAUUCUGAUGGAUAUAAGUUCUGCAAAAUUCGAGUUCGUUCUGUUCGUAUUCCUCAAAUUGGAGACAAAUUUGCAUCCAGGCAUGGACAAAAAGGAACCUGUGGUAUUACUUACCGUCAAGAAGAUAUGCCUUUUACAGCUGAAGGUCUUACUCCUGAUAUCAUUAUCAAUCCUCAUGCUGUCCCUUCUCGUAUGACAAUUGGCCAUUUAAUUGAAUGCCUUCAAGGCAAAGUGUCUGCAAACAAAGGAGAAAUAGGAGAUGCAACCCCAUUUAACGAUACUGUCAAUGUGCAAAAAAUUUCUAACUUGCUCCAAGAAUAUGGAUACCAUCUUAGAGGAAAUGAGGUAAUGUUCAAUGGGCAUACUGGCCGCAAAAUUAAUGCACAGAUUUUCUUAGGCCCAACAUACUACCAACGUUUAAAGCAUAUGGUAGAUGACAAAAUUCACUCCAGAGCUAGAGGACCAGUGCAAAUAUUAGUGCGUCAACCUAUGGAAGGCAGAGCUAGGGACGGAGGUCUCCGUUUUGGGGAGAUGGAACGAGAUUGUCAGAUUGCCCAUGGUGCAGCUCAAUUCCUUAGAGAAAGAUUAUUUGAAGUAUCUGAUCCAUAUCGAGUGCAUGUAUGCAAUCUCUGUGGUCUAUUUGCUAUUGCAAACCUUAAAAAUAACACUUUUGAGUGCAGAGGGUGCCGUAACAAGACACAGAUAUCUCAAAUUACUGUCCCAUAUGCUUGCAAACUACUUUUCCAGGAGUUAAUGUCCAUGUCUAUAGCUCCUAGAAUGAUGGUCAUUUGAUAAUUUGAUUAAGAAGGAAAAAACCUGGUGAUGUAUAUAUGCUUCAAU